AUGAUUCCUCAAGCUGAUGAAGCCAUGGCCGUAUCCAGGAACUUUUUCUUGCCGCCUACGAGCGGGGCCAACACUAUUGAUGUGAGAAAGAUCCAGACGCAGACAAAGCUCUUGCAAGAUGCGCACAUGACACAACAGCUCCAACAGUCUUAUGAUAUUGACCAAUUCCUCAACAACCCAUCACCCAUCGAUGAGACGGUCAUCAACUUUGCCGACGACAUUACCCAAUCGCUAGGCGACGCGCUUCGAUCUACACCCUGCGAAUAUCCUUCAUCGGCUGCUCAGACACCAAACAGAUCUCACCGUCGACCCAAGCGACUAUCACGACAAAAUACUACAUCUUCUGUGGGUGGAAGCUCUGUGUCUAGAAAGUCCAAGCGCUGCUACCUGUGCGGCGCGACUGACACACCUCGCUGGCAAGAGACUGGUUUGGGGAGUCGUUUGUUCUGCAAUGUUUGCGGGUUGUUGCACUCUAAGAAAUUGAUUGCGCGAAAGCGUCUUGCUGAAUCCAGCCGGGGCGACACCAUGUCAACCACUGAUAGUGCUUGGUCAUGA